GCUGUGGGCGCGGUUGGAUGUAUUUUGACCCGGGCGAGCAGCCGUAGUUAGUGAACUGCAGAGCCAACAUGGCGGAGAGCAUGGGCCAGCUGCGGUGUACCCGGGAGGGCCAUGGGCAGGAGCUGCUGCAGGAUGACUCGGUGCCCACUGAGACCUCCAUAGAGCAGGUACAGGGGCUGUGUGUCCAGCAUGGCGGGGGGUGCCAACACUCUCUGUGUGCCAGCUCAUUGAGACCCACUCACCCUCACACUCAGUGCUUUCUGUGCCAGUGUGGGCAUCUGAUUUAACCUGUCAGUGUCAGCUCAUUGAGACACACUCACACCCAGUUCUUUCUGUGCCCGUCUGGGCACCUGAUUUAACCUGUCAGUGUCAGCUCAUUUAGACCCACUCAGUGCUUUCUGUGCCAGUCUGGGCAACUGAUUUAACCUGUCAGUGUCAGCUCACACUCAGUGCUUUCUGUGCCAGUGUGGGCACAUGAUUUAACCUGUCAUUGUCAGCUCAUUCAGACACGCUCACACUCAGUGCUUUCUGUGCCAGUGUGGGCACCCGAUUUAACUGGUCAUUCAGCUCAUUGAGAGACACUCACACUCAGUGCUUUCUGUGCCAGUCUGAGCACCUGAUUUAACCUGUCAGUGUCAGCUCAUUGAGACCCACUCACACUCAGUGCUUUCUGUGCCAGUCUGGGCAUCUGAUUUAACUGUCAGUGUCCGCUCAUUGAGACCCACUCACACUCAGUGCUUUCUGUGCCAGUGUGGGCACCUGAUUUAACCUGUCAGUGUCAGCUCAUUGAGACCCACUCACACUCAGUGCUUUCUGUGCCAGUCUGGGCAUCUGAUUUAACUGUCAGUGUCCGCUCAUUGAGACCCACUCACACUCAGUGCUUUCUGUGCCAGGGUGGGCACCUGAUUUAACCUGUCAGUGUCAGCUCAUUGAGAGACACUCACACUCAGUGCUUUCUGUGCCAGUGUGGGCACCUGAUUUAACCUGUCACUGUCAGCUCAUUGAGACCCACUCACACUCAGUGCUUUCUGUGCCAGUCUGGGCAUCUGAUUUAACCUGCCAGUGUCAGCUCAUUGAGACCCACUCACACUCAGUGCUUUCUGUGCCAGUGUGGGCACCUGAUUUAACCUGUCAGUGUCAGCUCAUUCAGACCCACUCACACUCAGUGCUUUCUGUGGCAGUCUGGGCAUUUGAUUUAACCUGUCAGUGUCAGCUCAUUGAGACCCACUCACCCUCACACUCAGUGCUUUCUGUGGCAGUCUGGGCAUCUGAUUUAACCUGUCAGUGUCAGCUCAUUGAGACACACUCACACUCAGUGCUUUCUGUGGCAGUCUGGGCAUCUGAUUUAACCUGUCAGUGUCAGCUCACACUCAGUGCUUUCUGUGCCAGUGUGGGCACCCGAUUUAACUGGUCAUUCAGCUCAUUGAGAGACACUCACACUCAGUGCUUUCUGUGCCAGUCUGAGCACCUGAUUUAACCUGUCAGUGUCAGCUCAUUGAGACCCGCUCACACUCAGUGCUUUCUGUGCCAGUCUGGGCAACUGAUUUAACCUGUCAGUGUCAGCUCAUUGAGACACACUCACACUCAGUGCUUUCUGUGGCAGUCUGGGCAUCUGAUUUAACCUGUCAGUGUCAGCUCACACUCAGUGCUUUCUGUGCCAGUGUGGGCAUCUGAUUUAACCUGUCAGUGUCAGCUCACACUCAGUGCUUUCUGUGCCAGUGUGGGCACCUGAUUUAACCUGUCAUUGUCAGCUCAUUCAGACACGCUCACACUCAGUGCUUUCUGUGCCAGUGUGGGCACCCGAUUUAACUGGUCAUUCAGCUCAUUGAGAGACACUCACACUCAGUGCUUUCUGUGCCAGUCUGAGCACCUGAUUUAACCUGUCAGUGUCAGCUCCUCAGUGCUUUCUGUGCCAGUGGCGGGCACCCGAUUUAACUGGUCAUUCAGCUCAUUGAGAGACACUCACACUCAGUGCUUUCUGUGCCAGUCUGAGCACCUGAUUUAACCUGUCAGUGUCAGCUCAUUGAGACCCACUCACACUCAGUGCUUUCUGUGCCAGUCUGGGCAACUGAUUUAACCUGUCAGUGUCCGCUCAUUGAGACCCACUCACACUCAGUGCUUUCUGUGCCAGUCUGGGCAUCUGAUUUAACCUGUCAGUGUCAGCUCAUUGAGACCCACUCACACUCAGUGCUUUCUGUGCCAGUGUGGGCACCUGAUUUAACCUGUCAGUGUCAGCUCAUUGAGACCCACUCACCCUCACACUCAGUGCUUUCGGUGCCAGUCUGGGCAUUUGAUUUAACCUGUCAGUGUCAGCUCAUUGAGAGACACUCACACUCAGUGCUUUCUGUGCCAGUGUGGGCACCUGAUUUAACCUGUCAGUGUCAGCUCAUUGAGACCCACUCACACUCAGUGCUUUCUGUGCCAGUGUGGGCACCUGAUUUAACCUGUCAGUGUCAGCUCAUUGAUACCCACUCACACUCAGUGCUUUCUGUGCCAGUGUGGGCACCUGAUUUAACCUGUCAGUGUCAGCUCAUUCAGACCCACUCACUCAGUGCUUUCUGUGCCAGUGUGGGCACCUGAUUUAACCUGUCAGUGUCAGCUCAUUCAGACCCACUCACCCUCACACUCAGUGCUUUCUGUGGCAGUCUGGGCAUUUGAUUUAACCUGUCAGUGUCAGCUCAUUGAGACCCACUCACACUCAGUGCUUUCUGUGCCAGGGUGGGCACCUGAUUUAACCUGUCAGUGUCAGCUCAUUGAGACCCACUCACACUCAGUGCUUUCUGUGCCAGUCUGGGCAACUGAUUUAACCUGUCAGUGUCAGCUCAUUGAGACCCACUCACACACUCAGUGCUUUCUGUGCCAGUGUGGGCAUCUGAUUUAACCUGUCAGUGUCAGCUCAUUGAGACACACUCACACCCAGUUCUUUCUGUGCCCAUCUGGGCACCUGAUUUAACCUGUCAGUGUCAGCUCAUUUAGACCCACUCAGUGCUUUCUGUGCCAGUCUGGGCAACUGAUUUAACCUGUCAGUGUCAGCUCACACUCAGUGCUUUCUGUGCCAGUGUGGGCACAUGAUUUAACCUGUCAUUGUCAGCUCAUUCAGACACGCUCACACUCAGUGCUUUCUGUGCCAGUGUGGGCACCCGAUUUAACUGGUCAUUCAGCUCAUUGAGAGACACUCACACUCAGUGCUUUCUGUGCCAGUCUGAGCACCUGAUUUAACCUGUCAGUGUCAGCUCAUUGAGACCCACUCACACUCAGUGCUUUCUGUGCCAGUCUGGGCAACUGAUUUAACCUGUCAGUGUCCGCUCAUUGAGACCCACUCACACUCAGUGCUUUCUGUGCCAGUCUGGGCAUCUGAUUUAACCUGUCAGUGUCAGCUCAUUGAGACCCACUCACACUCAGUGCUUUCUGUGCCAGUGUGGGCACCUGAUUUAACCUGUCAGUGUCAGCUCAUUGAGACCCACUCACCCUCACACUCAGUGCUUUCUGUGCCAGUCUGGGCAUUUGAUUUAACCUGUCAGUGUCAGCUCAUUGAGAGACACUCACACUCAGUGCUUUCUGUGCCAGUGUGGGCACCUGAUUUAACCUGUCAGUGUCAGCUCAUUGAGACCCACUCACACUCAGUGCUUUCUGUGCCAGUGUGGGCACCUGAUUUAACCUGUCAGUGUCAGCUCAUUCAGACCCACUCACACUCAGUGCUUUCUGUGGCAGUCUGGGCAUUUGAUUUAACCUGUCAGUGUCAGCUCAUUGAGACCCACUCACCCUCACACUCAGUGCUUUCUGUGGCAGUCUGGGCAUCUGAUUUAACCUGUCAGUGUCAGCUCAUUGAGACACACUCACACUCAGUGCUUUCUGUGGCAGUCUGGGCAUCUGAUUUAACCUGUCAGUGUCAGCUCACACUCAGUGCUUUCUGUGCCAGUGUGGGCACCCGAUUUAACUGGUCAUUCAGCUCAUUGAGAGACACUCACACUCAGUGCUUUCUGUGCCAGUCUGAGCACCUGAUUUAACCUGUCAGUGUCAGCUCAUUGAGACCCGCUCACACUCAGUGCUUUCUGUGCCAGUCUGGGCAACUGAUUUAACCUGUCAGUGUCAGCUCAUUGAGACCCACUCACACUCUGUGCUUUCUGUGCCAGUGUGGGCACCUGAUUUAACCUGUCAGUGUCAGCUCAUUCAGACCCACUCACUCAGUGCUUUCUGUGCCAGUGUGGGCACCUGAUUUAACCUGUCAGUGUCAGCUCAUUCAGACCCACUCCCACUCACACUCAGUGCUUUCUGUGCCAGUCUGGGCAACUGAUUUAACCUGUCAGUGUCAGCUCAUUGAGACCCACUCACACUCUGUGCUUUCUGUGCCAGUGUGGGCACCUGAUUUAACCUGUCAGUGUCAGCUCAUUCAGACCCACUCACUCAGUGCUUUCUGUGCCAGUGUGGGCACCUGAUUUAACCUGUCAGUGUCAGCUCAUUCAGACCCACUCCCACUCACACUCAGUGCUUUCUGUGCCAGUCUGGGCAACUGAUUUAACCUGUCAGUGUCAGCUCAUUGAGACCCACUCACACUCUGUGCUUUCUGUGCCAGUGUGGGCACCUGAUUUAACCUGUCAGUGUCAGCUCAUUCAGACCCACUCACUCAGUGCUUUCUGUGCCAGUGUGGGCACCUGAUUUAACCUCUCAGUGUCAGCUCAUUCAGACCCACUCCCACUCACACUCAGUGCUUUCUGUGGCAGUCUGGGCAUUUGAUUUAACCUGUCAGUGUCAGCUCAUUGAGACCCACUCACCCUCACACUCAGUUCUCUCUGUGCCAGUCUGGGCAUCUGAUUUAACCUGUCAGUGUCAGCUCAUUGAGACACACUCAGUGCUUUCUGUGUCAGUGUGGGCACCUGAUUUAACCUGUCUGUGUCAGCUCAUUGAGACCCACUCACACUCAGCUGCCAUGCGAGGACAGUCUGAGCGAAGGAGAAUGUGAUGUGCUGACAACAGAUGCCAAAUUUGCACAGAAUUCACGUCAGCCAGCAUGGAAUUCUUGUUUUCUGACAAGCUCAUGUUAUCCCAGUGACACUGUCGGUAUUAGUGUUCAUUGUGAAACAUUGCAUGCAUAUUUCGGGCACCAUGACUACUUAAAAUCAGUAAAGUGGUAAUGGUGCGUAGAGUAACCCAUUAAGGUUGUUGCAAUUCUGGCCUGUGGUCACCGCAUUUAUUGUAUGUAAAACAGUGCUUAUGAAGGUGUAGCAGAAUAUAAACCAAAGUGUUAAAAGCCAGCUAUCAUUUUUACAAUGUAUCUUUCUUGAAACUUGUUUAUUUUAGAAUUGCAUACAAAUAUUUAUAUAUUAUAUUUGUUACUUGUCAGUUAAUUCUUGGCAUACAUGGCCAUGUGACUAAAGGGACACACCAAUCACCAUAACCACUGCAGCCUUGGUCCCUUCCAAGCAUAAUCUAUCAAACUUUUUAUUGCAGUUUCACACUUUCCUGGGUUCUGGCCUAUUUGAGCUGGAUAAGCCAGAGGCUGAUGUACAUGUUGAUUUAUCGAGUUUCAGCUGAGUGCUUUCCUCCAGUGAGUGAGCUAAAUGAGCAGAUGCAUGGCAGGACCUUGUCAAGUGACAAACUGCUAAAAUGGCUUCACAAAUUGUGAUGGGAUGAAACUUGGUCACUCCUAGAACCAUAAACACUACAAUGACCUGUAGUGGAUAUGGUGCUGUGAGUUUGCCUUUAAUUGAGUUAUAGGGGAGAGCGAAGAACUCUGCAAGGAUUUGAGUAUCCUGCUCUGUCACAACAACUACAGCACAUACGUUUGAGUGUCUUGCUUGAAGUAGAAAGACAGAUGUCACUCUGUUCAAAUGUAGAAUGACUGACAGUUAAAGCAGGAUCUUGGGAGGUUUCCGGCAUAAUACGUGUGCAGCUCCUGAAUUUUGUUCAGUUAAAGCGAUUUUUGUCACUUCUCUGCAUUUUAUAAAGAUAAAAUAUUUAUGAAACACUGAUCCUUAAUGCAAUGGAAUUUUACUGAAAUUCCAAUGCAAUCCAGAGAUAUUACUUUGUCUUAUGGCAAAUCUGAGGUUGACAAAAUGCAGGUCUCCGCUGUCAACUUUUGUCCAAUCCCAACAACCAUCACGACUGACGACUGUGGGAUAGAGCUAUCGCUCUAUGGAGGUUCCAGCGGUGUCUCAAGAUCCUCCAUAGACCUCAUUGACAUACUCUCGCAGAAGAAGCUUAGCACUGAACAGGAUACGCAGAGAGAAGAUGGCAGCGGCCGCAAGGGACAGCUUCAGGUAAGUACAACUACCUUCCCCUGCACCCUACGACUACUAGACCAUCAACGUUGCAUAAAUAUGCAAAGACCCCCGAAAGUGACAAAUCUGCUUUAAGAUGUAUUGACAUCUUGGGGAAGUGAGCUCUUCGUUUGCUAGCGCUGGAGGGCAUGUAUGUGGUGUAUUAACACAGAAAGGUAUUAAAUAUAUAUUUUAUUACUGUGAUGUAUUUUCAAUUUACCACGGUUCACUUCAAAUGGACAGUUUAAAGGUACUCUCCCGUGCCAGGAAAACAUAUCCGUUUUCCUGGAACUGCAGGACCCUUCCUCCCCCCAUCCCAUGUUGCUGAAGGGGUUAAACCCCUUCAGUGACUUGCCUGAAUCCAGCGCUGAUGUCCCUUGGUGCUGGGUCAGGCUCCGCCCACUCUCCUCCCCCGCUGACAUCCGCCAGCGGGGGAGACCUAAUGUGCAUGCUCGGCUGUGGCCGCGCACGCGCAUUUGACCUCCUAAUAGGACAGCAUUAUUCAAUGCUUUCCUAUGGGGAUUCCGGCAACGCUGGAGGUCCUCAUGCAUAGCGUGAGGACGUCCAGCGUCGUUUAAAACACUUACUGUGUUCUAAGAACACAGAAGUCUGGUAGACAGCCACGAGAAGAGGACUUAACCAUGCAAGGUAAUUAUUGCAGUUUAUAAAAACUGCAAUAAUUACACUUCCAGGGUUAAGAGUAGUGGGAGUUGGCAUCCAGACCACUCCAAUGGGCAGAAGUGGUCUGGGUGCCUGGAGUGUCCAUUUAACAUUUUGCUAUUUCCAUACCUACAAGUGGCUGUCAGUUGUGCGUCCAAUGCUUAGAUUCUGUGCUUCUCAGAGAGGUGCUAGAUGCUUCUCAUUAGAAACGUUAAAAUUGCAUAUCACACCAAUGGCUGCGAACGCACCUUGUGUUCUCAAUGCCAUGAGAAGCAUCUGAUUGGACACAAAUCAUAGAGCUUGAGUGUCACCUGAGGAGGAUUAGGCUUCAGUCCUGGCAAUAAAAUAAAGGCAAGUUUAAGGACUCUUUUUUAAAGUUAUACUUGAAGUAUCAACAGUUUCAUCAGUGCCGGCUUCCCAAUUACUUCCUUCUGAAUAGGUGUAAUUUAAAAAACUGUUGCUGAAGAGGUUACAUCACCUUGGGUGACACGAUCUGUCUUUACUUCCUAGAGGCUGGAAUACAAGGAUUUGGUUGUCUGUUGUCCAACUUGUGUUUCAAAAAAUGUUUUGUUAGUAAAAGUGAAACUGAUCAGGUGACAUGAAGUUUGCAUGUUUUGUACAUGCUGUUGCCUUACUACUGGAUAAAAACUUGUUUUGAGACUCGUAGCUGUUUUUAGAGCAACAUUUUACAAGUGGAGCAAUCACCAAAGUAACUAAUCUAUUCUUCUGAUUGCUUCACUUUUAGGAUUUGAUGCUAAAAAUGCCUCUUCUCCAACAUUGCGGGGCCAGAAGCACAUUAUAUGAGCAGGCAUGCACACUUCUUUUGUGUUAUUGGUAACUUAUGUUAACUUUUUAUUUUAUUUUAUUUUUUCUCCUCUCAUUUCAUGAUCCAGUUCAGACCAGGCACCGCCAGAGCACAAAUUGUAAAUGAAUAGAAUAAAUACGGACAUUAUUUGUCUUGUCUCUAUGCUGACAUUGGUGAAUAAUACAUAUUAUUAAAUAUGUAUUCUAAAUAGUUGCAGUAAUUCUGAGGUUUUUAUGUCAUAACCAUUUAAAGAACCCCUUUAAAAGAAAAAGGAGAGGGGAAGGUGUAGGUAGAGAGAAUACCUGUAUGUGUUAAUAUCUAAUGUUGUCACUGAGCCGGAAGUUGCAGAGUUCUAAAAUGCAGCUCCUAUUGUAUGGAUGUUCCUGGCACUAUCUACCAGACAUUACUGCGGAAGCUAUAGCUGUAAUAUCAACGCUAGAAACUGUAUGGGCUGAGUUUAACUUAUGAAGCUAAAACGCGUGCAAGAAUGUCCUUCUGACCCCAAUUAUAAUAUUGCAUUAAUAAAAUACAGUCUGUUUCUUUUUUUAACAGAAAAGAGUUGAGCAGUGUGUGGGCACAAUAUUCAAUAUGUACAAGACUCAUAUAAAAGAACCGUAAGUACUUUUUUUAUCUUGUGUGAAUUAUCAAUGUUUUUUUGUUACUAGUGAAUAAUGAUAAUUUUGUUUGUACUGUUAAAGGGACACUGUAGUCACUAGAACAACUACAGCUUAUCGUAUUUGUGCAUGUGAGCAUAAUCAUUCCCUUCUGGCUUUUUGCAGUGUUUACAUUACAAAAAAGAAAAGGCAGUGUUUACAUUACAGCCUAGUGACACCUCAACUGGCCACUCCUAAAAUGGAUGCUAGAGGUGCUUACUGGGGUAGUGCUGCACAGUCUGACUGACAUUCAGUGUUUCCACCCUCUGCCUGCAGAUUACUGAACUUUCCUCAUAAAGAUGCAUUGAUUCAGUGCAUCCCUAUGACGAGAUGCUGAUUGGCCAGGGUUGUGUUUUUCCUAUGGGAAAGCAUUGUGAUUGGCUCAGUACACCACUUCUGAUGAUAUCAGACAAGCAGGCAAAUCAGGGGCAGAGCCAGCAGCAGCAGACUGGAAUAAAAAAAAAAAAAGAUUUUGCUAUAUUUAGGUGGGCCCGGGGGGGCUAGAUGGUGGUUUUAACACUAUAGGGAAUACAUGUUGGUGUUCCUUUUAAGGGUUAUUCCAACCAAUAUCUGGUGUUUUCAGAAAACAUUGGCCUUUGUUAGAGUAACCCUUCCUGUGCUGGUCCCUCUUAGUCAAAGUUUAAAACAAAAAUGUGUAAUAUGCACUGAAGUGCAAAGUUCCGGGCUGCCUAAUGAUGCCCCAAUGAUGAUGCUGUAGGUGUAGUUACAUCUCUGGUAGCAAAGGGUUUAAACUAUUUAUGUGCAAUGUUUAAUAGUGAAACGCUGCAUAUACAUGCACCAUAACCACUUCAAAUCACUGAAGGGGUCCAUGGUGUUUGAAAUUAGCCAUUUGAAUGAUUGGUCACUGUAUUAAAAAAUUUUUUUAUUAUUUAUUUAUUUAUUUAUUUAUCUUUUCUGCUAUAAAGUCACUCAAAAUGUAGGGCUUUGUUUCACCUCAACCAUUAUCACUAUGACAACUCACUUUUCAGGUCCUCCUUCAAACACUAGGUUUUCUUGAUUAGUCCCUUCCUAUUGCAAAUAUAUUUAACUCAUCCUGCUUUAUUCAUUGUUGAAUUGUAUUAAUCUAUCUACCUUUUGAAUAAAUAUGUAAACACAUGCAUGGAAAAUUCCUCUUAGAUUUAUUAGCCAAGGAGUUACUAGUUUACUUCAUGUUAUAUGCAUGCGUUCCCAUUUCAGAAAUGGAAAAAUACACUCAAAAAAACAUAACCACUACAGCUUGCUGUAGUAGUUAUAUUGCCAGAUGUCCACAAAUGCUCAGCAUUGCCUCUAGCAUUGAGUUAAUGGGGUUUUAGCUGACGCUGGAUGUUCUCCGCGCAUUUAGUGGCUGUCUGUCUAGUAGACAGCUAAAGGUGGGGUUAACCCUGCAAGGUAAUUAUUGCAGUUUAUCAAUAACCGCAGUAAUUACAAUUGCAGGGUUAAACUGACAGGGACAUUGCACCUAGACCACUUUAAUAAGCUGAGCCUAUAGUGUACCAUUUUAAUGAUUGUGUAAAGUAACAGAACUUUAUUCAACAACAAUAGGUGUUUGGUGGAUCUACUGAGUUUCACAUUAUACACUGCAUAGUGCUCACACACUUGACUGAAGACACUCAGAAAAACAAAAAACGUAAAAUAGGAUUUUCUUUUUCCUAACUGUUAACUAAAAACUCUUAACUAUAUAUUGGUAACAUAGUAUAACAUUAGGAACAAUGACACACAUUUUACACUUUACAUAUACAUUUGCUGGCGAAAUGCAUACUUACAAGUAUUGUUUUAGCUUGUACCUCCAUGCCAUUUAGGUAUGGAUACUGCUUCGAUGGCUAUUAAUGCACCAGGGGGCUCUCUUAAUGCCUGGUAUGACAUCCUACGGUAUGCACUAGGCACUGUGCCAGUACUACAAUGUAUGUGCCACUCACAGCAACGACCUGCAACCAAAACUCAAGUAUACGGCUGAUGCAAAUUUGCUAGCACAAUAUGUAGAUGAUUUUAGAAUUGAACUUUAGUGGAUGUUAAUAAGUGGAUGUUCUCUGCAGACUUGUAGGGUCAGAGUGACAGGUUAACUCUGUUAUGAGAAAACAUGCGGUGCAGAGAGUCCCCUGCACAGAGUGGUUUUAUAAACAGAUAAAUCUUUCUAAGAUAGUCCGGUAAAGAGACUAAAAAGCAGCUUUGUUCUUGGGGAGGGGGCAGGGGGAAUUCUAAUUUCUUCAUAUUUUUCAUGAAUAAGACCACUUGUGAGUCCAAACUUGCACAUCCCAUCAUUUAUGGAAAGUGCAGCAUUCCACUAGAAAUUUGGGAAGUACCAAGAUCCAAUUAGAAAUCGUACCAGGUUUUUAUUUAGUAAAUUAAACUCUCUACUAUUAAAAAGGGAAUGGGGUUAGAUGUCCCUUUUAAAGACUGGUAGAAAUGCUGCAAGAGAGAUGACAUUUGCUGGAUGGAAUGUUUCCAUGGAGUUUCGUAGUACUAUUACAUUACUCACAGCUCUCUGGAGCAAAACACAAGUGGUGAUGAGUAGUUUGUUCACAAAUUUAAUUAAUAUGUUCACCGCAGAUAAUGUUAUGGAAAACAUCUGCAAGAUAUCAGCAAAGCAUUAUCAUAUACAAAAUAAAUACUCUCUCUCCCUGGAUGCAGGGGGAAGCGGGGGUUGUUAAUAAAUUGCAACCUGUGUGUGUCAGUGUAUAUUUGUAUCUUUGUGUAGCCGCAUAUUUGUAUGUGGGCAUAUAUCCCAGCAUUCAGAUACAAACACACCCCUCAAUGCAAACGUCAACGCUACAUGCAAACACACUCCACCAAUCAAACGCCAACGCUACAUGCAAACACAGUCCACUAAUCAAACGCUAACACUACAUGCAAACACACUCCUCCAAUCAAACGCCAACGCUACGUGCAAACACACCCCUCCGAUCAAACGCCAACGCUACGUGCAAACACACCCCUCCGAUCAAACGCCAAUGCUACGUGCAAACACACCCCUCCGAUCAAACGCCAAACGCCGAAUGCUACGUGCAAACACACCCCUCCGAUGCUACGUGCAAACACAAUCAAGCGCCAACGCUACGUGCAAACACACCCCUCCGAUCAAACGCCAAUGCUACGUGCAAACACACCCCUCCGAUCAAACGCCAAUGCUACGUGCAAACACACCCCUCCGAUCAAACGCCAAUGCUACGUGCAAACACACCCCUCCAAUCAAACGCCAAUGCUACGUGCAAACAGACUCCACCAAUCAAACGCCAACGCUAUGUGCAAACACACCCCUCCAAUCAAACGCCAACGCUAGUGCAAACACACUUGACAAACUUACUGUGAUAUUUAUUAAUGGGCACCUGGUUUGCAUAUGCAUGUUUUAUCUUUUUCUGUGUAUGCACUGUAUUACUCCUAUUUUUAUUUUUGCUUGGGGUGUACUGCAGAAUUCUAGGAAGAAAAAGGUUGAGGUACACUGGUGUAUAUGAAUGAAUCUGUUUUUAACUUAUUCUUGUUAUUGCUUUCAAUUUAUUAGUAUCUAUACAGUAAAUACGCCUCAUUAUCUACAUAAAAAUUGAUUAUUUGCAUUGUACCCAAGUACUUCCUUUCCAUAUUACAUUAUGCAAUCUGAAUAUUCCUUUUGAUUUGGGGAUCUAAAAACCCUGGAUGUUUAAUCAGACUUCAGAUAGACUUGCUUAAACAAGAUUGCUUUAAUAUAAGGCUGGUGUUUUUAAGAGCCUAACCUCUAAAAGAGAGUAUCUGCAUACAUCCUCUCAUCGCUUUGCAAUGGGCACAAAUGUUCUCUUUAGCUGAUAUCACAGCCCUAACCGGCAUGAAACCUUUAUGCUACAUAAAUACUCCUGUUAUUAAAAAUGAACCAAGUGCAAUAAAAUAACCAAAAUAGUCCAAAAUCUCACUUGAGGUCCCUUAUUGAAUUUGUAUAUUUAAUAGAGGUGUAAUUGCUAUAUAGCUCAUACCCCAUUUUAUUUUAUUUUUUGACACUAUUUCUUUAACUUGCCAAACUAUUCUAUAAAACGGAAUGGCUGGCUGAUUUGAAGGAUAUUUUUUUUUAGUUUGGCCAUUUUUGGCUUAAAAUGUCAAAAUCACUUUGAAUUCUCGACCGCUUUAAAUGGGGUUCUCCAACUUACUUGACCAUUUCUGUUUUUUUAGAAGUUGUGUUAGAGCAGCAAUCUGUAUUUAAAGUGUUUCUGAUUGAAACGCUGCAUAGACCGACAAUCUGCAGUUUUUUAGCCCGGGUCCAGUUGCACCCUCUGGCACGCAUGACUUUGGCAGAAUUGUGUUUCAGGCUGCCUAAUGUUAAUUCUGUACAAAAAAUGUUGUCAGCGCACACAUUGUGCGUUGUGACAGAUGUUAUCAGCUUCUAUCCUUUUAGGCAAGGUUGUGCGUGUACCUGUAGUGAGAAGUCUCUCUGUAUCGAUCCUUCCCUACCUCCCCUCCUUGGCUCGGACCAUACACAUGCGCUGUUAGCCUAUAAAAUAAUUCCAAUCCAAUGUUCCUAUAUGAGAAGAAGCAGUGGUGCAGUGUGAUCAGGGAUGGAGCAUGGAAAGGAAUUGAGGAGAACUGGUUUGGUGCUUGAUUCAAUUAGCUUCUAGUGCUCAAUAGACCAUCAACAAUUAAAAAAAAAAAAAAAUUGUGAAAAGGGUUUGGAGUAACAUAAGUUGUUAAAGGGACACUCCAUGCACAAAAGCCAUUUCAUAUUAAUGUAGUGGUUUUGGUGCACAAACCAUGUGUUUCAUUUCUAAGGUCUUCACAUACAGCAUGACAACGCCAAACAGGUCCGAAGUGUCUCAUAAAGAAGUAUUUGACUUGAUGCUCCCUUACGAAGAAUAUUGCAUUAUUGAAGUGAUUCAUGUUCAUGUCCUUGGUGCUACUCUAUGAGAAUUCUUGGAUUGGAGCUUUCAGACAGAGCAGCUGUUCAGACUCUCAUUGGACUACAAGUAGUCCCCUCCCUCACCCCCACAAUCUUUAAAAGGAAGACUUUGAAUCUAAGUAAGAAAAGGAACACUUAAAGUUAAAAAUAUUUCUUUGUAACCUUGGGGUGUUCUUAUAAAAUAUCCACCGAGGGCACAGAAAAUUCUGGUCACCAUCAGAAUAAAUUCAGAAUGAACCCAGUGACUCUAAUUUAGAAAGUGUUGUCCUCUUUUCUUCAAUCCAAGUAGUGGGUAACUUAUUUUGUAGUCAAUACGAUUUUUAGUUAGGGCCACAAACACGCAGACAAAAACAAAUCUCAAAUCCUGUCCAGUUUGUAAGUCCCAAGUGUAUAUCCACACCACACCAAAAUCCCUAAUAUACUGUAUCAUAAUUAUAAAGAUAAUAAUUCAUAAUAUAUAAUAAUGUUUUCUAUUUAAAAGUAGUUUAAUUUUUAUUUUUUAUUUUUUUUAAUCUUGCCCAUACAUUGGUGUGCAAAUUACUUGAUAUCUUAUUAACUCCGUUUUAUAAUCAUGUGUUCAAUAUAUAAUUUCUUUUAUUUUAUUCACCCUCUUUUCUAGACUUGUUCUGGAGCGAGACAUACAUACUCACUAUCUGAGAAAAGGUUUACAGCAACUUUCAGAGGGAUAUGAGGUAACUGAACAAUGUCUAUGAAUAUGGUCUGUAGGUUUUUAUAAAUUGGCUUUUUUUCCCCCUCUAAGUAUUUGACUGGCAUCGCAAUCCAAUGAUCUACAGGGAGCCAGGAUGGUGGCAAUGUGUUUCGGGAUAGAGAUUUGUGCAGUGGUGUGGAUUUCUCAAUGUAACUUUUUUUUCAGACAUCACAAACACAUUACUUAAAUAUAUGGAAAGUAAACAUAAUAUAUUAAGCAUAAAGAAUAGUUAAAAUUCUCCUUCUUCCAAAAGUAAAUGCAUACCUCAAAAUUCUAACCGAUCUAAAUAAGUCUUAUUUAAAACUUGUUAAAGCAAACCAUCACUGCUGUGAGCCCCAAGUAGUAGCACGCUGUAGUUGCUGUGCAAACAAACAUUUUAAAGCCCGACUCCACUGUUCAAGUGUACGUUUAACCUUGGGUUGGGUCAAGUACUUCCAAAGCUUUAAACUGGUUGUAUAAUCUCAGGAUACGUAUUUAUGCUUUGAGAAACUAGGAUAGUGAGAGAGAGAAAUAUAUGUAUGGAUGGAGAUUAUAGAAUAUAUAUAUAUAUAUAUAUAUAUAUAUAUAUAUAUAUAUUUUUACCUUCAAUUUCACUUUUCAUCUGAUUAGCGGCAGUGGUACAGUACAGUACAGUUUUUGCCCACCAUAGAAGCUCUAUCUUUGUUUAUUCUCCCCCCUCCCUUGAUUCAAGCAUAUAUAUUUGGUAGUCCACAUUCUGUCCCAUAUUUUCAAUAGAUUUGCCUGAAGGGGUCUCAUGCAUGACUUUGACCAGUUUACUGGUGGAAUGGUAGAGGUUAACAAACCCAGGAUUCUAAUAAUUUGUCUUACAGAGUACCAUUUUGCUUUGCAAAAUUUUGGAUUUUCAGGUUUCAGUUUUACUUGUUUUUCUGUAGGAAGUAGAAGUUUGUUAGUCUAAAUGAAGUUGUUAUGGUGCUUUCUUACCUUAGAGGAACACCAUUGGUAUCAAAACAGUUAUAUAUUUUUUCGAUUUGACACGGUAUCAAAAACUUAAAAAAAAAUAAACAACAAGGGGAUAGUGUGCAAAAAAGCGUUUACAUACUUAAACCUAGAUUAGGAGCUCAAAACACUUGUGUGGGGUUAGCCUUUCUCCCCUCGCCAAAAUAAAAAUGCAGAUAUGUGAUAAACACCUAUAGAAAAUGGAGUGCUAAAAUGAGGUAUCUCACCCUUUAAUAACAGUGAUAUAUAGGCAGGAGAGAAGCAAAUGCCAAAACAAAAUAUAGUGCUGAUGGCAUGUCCACAAUUGAGGUAUAGCUCAAAUAACUAGGAACACUCGCAUGAAGCAGUGUCUGGCAACAAUAAGGCUAAUAUUGGCACAGGUAGCAACACACCUUUCUUCUAAUGAAACACCACAUUCAAAAGUGAGAAGGAAAAAAGGCAGUAAUAUGGCAGGUGUCUAAACCACUCCAAUAUAAAGAAACAAGCUGGAUGUGCUCACCUGGAUAAAAGCCAAAUAGGUCCUGGCUCUAGGUGGUAUAGACAUCUGCAUUGUGCCCACAAUAAUCUUGGCUAAUAUCUGUGAUUAGAUCUCAUAUUUCAGUUUAACAAAAUUGCUGUUUCUAAAGAUAGAUAUACAUGCAGAUGUAUGUACAAUUAGAAUACAGUGCAAAAGUUCAUUUAUUUCAGUAAUGCAACGUAAAAGGGGAAACUAAUAUAUGAAUAGACGCAUUACAUGCAAAGCAAGAUAGUUCAAGCCGUGAUUUGUCAUAAGUGCGAUGAUUAUGGCUUCCAGCUCAUGAAAACCCCAAAUCCACAAUCUCAGUAAAUUAAGUCAGCUGGAAAAUUAAGUCAGCAUCCCCAUAAAGCUCGUCUGCGGAUGGAAGCAUGAAGUGCUCCAAAAUCUCCUGGUAGACGGCUGCGUUGACCCUGGACUUAAUGAAGCACCGUGGACCAACACCAGCAGAUGACAUGGCUCCCCAAAUCAACACAGACUGUGGAAACUUCACACUGGACUUCAAGCGUCUUGCAGUGUGUGCCUCUUCAUUCUUCUUCCAGACUCUAGGUCUUUGGUUUCCAAAUGCGAUACAAAAGUUGCUCUCAUCAGAAAAGAGGACUUUGGACCACUGCGCAACAGACCAGGUCUGUUUUUCUUUAGCCCAGGUAAGACGCUUCUGACGUUGUUUGUUGUUCAGGAGCUGCUUGACAAGAGGAAUAAGACAUCUGAAGCCCAUGUCCAGGAUCCGUCUGUGUGUGGUGGCUCUUGAUGCACUGACUCCAGCCUCAGUCCACUUCUUGUGAAAGUCCCCAACACAUUUGAAUGGCCUUUUCCUGACGAUCCUCUCCAGGCUGCGGUCAUCCCUGCUGCUUGUGCAACUUUUUCUUCCACAUAAUUUUCUAUUAAUGUGCUUUGAUACAGCACUUUGGGAACAUCAAACUUCCUUCGCAAUUACCUUUUGAGGCUUUCCCUCCUUAUGGAGUGUGUCAAUGAGGGUUUUCUGCACAACUGUCAGGUCAGCAGUCUUCCCCAUGAUUGUUAUUCCUACUAAACCAGACUGAGAGACCAUGUAGAGGCUCAGAAACCCUUUGCAGGUGUUAUGGCUUACUUAGCUGAUUAGAGUGGGACAAUGUGAGCCUAGAAUAUUGCACCUUUUCACAAUAUUCUAAUUUACUGAGAUUGUGGAUUUGGGGUUGUCAUGAGCUGUUAGCCAUAAUCAUCGCACUUAUGACAAAUCACGGCUUGAACUAUGUUGCUUUGCAUGUAAUGCGUCUAUUCAUAUAUUAGUUUCCCCUUUUACGUUGCAUUACUGAAAUAAAUGAACUUUUGCACGAUAUUCUGAUUGUUCGAGUAUCGCCUGUAUGUAUGUAUGUAUAAAUGUGUUGGGUUUUUUGUUUGUUUGCUUUUUCCUUUAAACGUGGAUAAUCAUUUGUUGUUUCUUUCUAGUGUCUGGAUGCCAGCCGUCCUUGGCUCUGUUAUUGGAUUGUACAUAGUUUGGGUUUGCUAAAUGAACCAAUUCCUGAAUCUGUGGCAUCACAGUAAGUUCAUUAUUUCCUACUGCAGUGUUUUGUGUGUUAUGUAAAGGAAUACUUUACACACUUUAACUGCUAAAGAGUGGUCCAGGCACUCCUCCCUCUCAAUUAUAUGUAAUCAACUCAUUUUUAGAAAAGUUUGAUUUCUUGCAUGUGGUCUGCUGGAUGCUGCCCUCCCCCCCCCCCUCUUAUUGUAGUGCUUAGCUUAUUGGCUGAGAGCAAUGACUGGCUGUCAGGCUUGGCAUAGAGCGGAGAGCUUCCAGCUGCAGUAGAUGUAGGGAGUGGGGCACAGUAAAGUCUAGAUGAGAAGUUAAAUAGUUUUGUGGUGUCAGAGGUUUCCUUUAGCUAUGUGAGCACAGCACACCUGUCCAUAGGGAUGAACAAAAUAAACGUACUGAGCAGCAAACUAAGUUAUACAAAACACAAUCAGAGAGUGGGGCUGGACCGCUGGUCUUAUUGGAGGCCACCUAUCUUGGCUCCGGGCCUGAGCUCCUGGAAACCAACUGCUCGAAAGUUGGAUUAUUUGAUGGAACUGUAGGUAGUAUAACCUCCGCUCCAGUUUGAUACCCGUGAGUAACCAGUUGCAUACUGUGGGCCCAGAUACGGACAUCCUUAGCCUACUCACCACUACGACCCCGGACUUAUGUGGCUUUUGAGUGGGGUCCGGCAACACGAUGGUUUAAUCAGAUGAGAAAACCUGAUGGAAAGCGGACAAUAACAAUACACAAGAGAUUCCUACCUCAAUGGAGAGUUCUGCUGGCUUUGGGUGUUAAAACACUGAUGAGGCUUAUUCAUUAAAUGACAGAUUGCAGUGCAUUGAAACACAAAUUGGAGAUGAGGGUGAAGACUGCUAUAGCAGAGUUGUAUUUUAAUUUUAGUUUUUAUUUUUCUUCUCUCUUUUUCCUCCCUAAUUAGACAUUUUUGCACAGUUUUUACAAUUUGGUUUCAGUUCCUUGAAAUGUUAGUGUUAACAUAUACUGUAUUGGCUACAAUUCUGAUGUUUAAAUGCGAAUGCCUGCUUUAUGAGAAAUGUACAUUUUUUGUUGUAAGGUAUGAACUAUGGCGCUUACUGACUGUUUAGCUCUUUUUUUGUUAACAAGUGCCAUAGGUUCAAAACCAGCCAUCGUUACUGCUUAAUAAUUUCUAAUAAUCUGUUUUGUCUUUUCAAAUCGCAUGUCCCCAUUUUAAUAUGAACAAUUGAAUGCUGCAAAUCAUUUUAUUUCUGUGUGCAGUAUGCAAGCUGUUCACCCAUAAGCAAAACCUAUAAAACUGAAAUAAUGGCUCAUAUUGUUUAGUUUCCUGGGUCAAAGCUUGCUCACUGCAUCCUCAUAAAUGAAGAAAAGAUCCCUUUGUGUCUUUGAACGGGGGAGUACUAAAUACAAUAAUGUACAUUGAACAAUCUUUAGAUUAAGUCAUUAGCUGGACAUACAGUCCCUGAGUCCAAUUCAGUCUUCUGUUUUAGAUGAUGUCAGCGAUGUUACCACCCCAACGUUCUCCUAAAUGCUAGAAAGAGUCUGGUAGAAAGUGCGACAUAUGCAAUAUUAGAUAGGAGUGAGUUUUAAAUAAAUAAUAAUAAUAAAAAAUCUCUUUUAAAUAAAAGCCUUGUUUAAAAAAAAAAAAAUUACAAAAAAAAAGUAACAUUUAUUUUCUUUCUUUUUUGCUACAGCGUUUGCCAGUUUCUUGCACGAUGCCAAGAUGUGAAUGGAGGCUUUGCUGGGGGUCCUGGCCAACAACCCCAUCUUGCUCCCACAUAUGCCGCUGUUAACGCUCUGUGUAGCAUCGGAACAGAAGAGGCGUUUGAUGUAAUUAAUAGGUACAUGCAUAAUCAUUUUGCAACAAGAUGGAGAUCCUUUUUAUUAUUUAUAUAUAUAUAUAUAUAUAUAAAAACACUUUGUUGCUGCCAUAGUGUAGAGUGAUUCCACUGGCAUGAUUUGCAUUGCAGGAUUUUGUGUGCAGCAUCUCACAAUGCCAAGCAUUGCUCUUGUCUUAUUUGUAGCAUUGAGCUCUUUGGAAUUAAUGUUAUAAAAUUUAGUGAGCACAUUUGUUGGCCUAAACUAUAUUUUGCUAGAAGCAGGCAGGCUGUGACAGUAGUCAUAUGCUGCUUCACUGAAUAACCUCUUCCUGGAGUAACAAGUGAUCGUGUCUCAUUCUACAUUCUGCACUUGUGGCAUAGAUUUUGCAUUUUUUUUAUGACUGUCCUUACAGUUGAAAAAUGAUUUUCCAAUGUAUGCCUUUGUGUUUCCCCAGGGAAAAGCUUCAAGAUUUUUUGUAUUCAUUAAAAAAAACAGAUGGCUCUUUCAAUAUGCACCUUGGUGGAGAAGUUGAUGUCAGGUCAGUUCUAUAGUGUAAUAAAGACACAUUUAUAUAAUCUAGUUGAACUUAUUUUGACCAUGUAAAAGAGCACUUGAGGGACUCUUUCUUCCAGAUAUUAAUAAGUAGUAAUGGUUUCAGUUCUUCUAUUGAGUAGGAUGAUUGACAGGAGUACACUCUGUCAAUCUCUAGAUAUCUCUGGUCUGGGAGUGUUAGUUGAUGUAAGCUGCAGUGUUUAUGGUGCUUAAAGUAACCCUUUAAAUAUUUUCAAUCAAUGAACCACAUUUUUUUUUUAUUUUUUUUAUACAUUUCAUACUACUUGACCUAAAAUAUGUGCAACAUGUUCUAGAUAUUGAAUACUAUUAACGGUCAUUUGGCUCAUGUUAGUGGAGUGAUGUGUGCUAAAAUAUGGCUUUAUUUCAUUCUAGAAGUGCUUAUUGUGCUGCCUCUGUUGCAUCACUUACCAAUGUCCUCACUCCUGAUCUGUUUGACGGCACCGCUGAGUGGAUUGCAAGGUAGGAAUACAUUUCACGAGUUACUGUAACUUCCUCACUAGACAUGUGUAAACAAGCUAUUAGUGGAUUGUUGUUCACUGCAUUUUAUGUGGUUUGUUUGUGUAAAAUGUGCUUUUAAUUACUAAUGUCUGAAUAGACAAAACAUUGGCAGUUAUUCACCAAGAUGAGAAUUCACAGCAAACGUCAAAUUUAAAGCCAAAGCAGCCGUAGUGGAAGCAAACGCUGACUUAGAGAAUGUUUCCAGGUCUGGUAUUUUUACCUUGAAUUUGAAAUUCACUUUGCGUUGUCACUUUAGUUAAUAGCCCUGUAAAAUGUCUAUUGAUAAAAAGUUGAGAUAAAUAAAGCAAAACUUUCCGCUGCAUUCUUUAGCAAGUGGUUGAUCAAAUUACUCUAAUGUUCACUGUCUUUGCUGUCAGCUGAAUGCUAAGUGAAUUGUGCGGAGUGGAUCUUGGCUAUUUUCUAAUUAAUUUCAUUGCUGCUGUGAGACUUGUUUACAAUUCUGUUAUGGUGUAUUCAAUCUAAUGGAGCCAAGUUUCACUAGACAACGUGUGUGUGUGUGGCGCACACAGUGAAAGACACUCAGAGUAUUACACAGUUACAUAGCUAAAAAAAAAGACUUGCGUCCUGUGGGGAUAUUUAUGGGAUGAUAAUUUUAAGCAGUCGAGAAUUGCCCACUAUUUCAAUUCUCUUAGAUCUUAGAGAUCUUUUAUCAAAUAAGUGAAAAGUAUUCCAUCAAUAAUUCACAAUUUGUUAUAAAAAUAGAUUUAUUUUUAGUGUAACAAAUUAACAAAUAUUAGGCAUCAUGUAUGAUAUUAAUCAGUGAAUAUUUAGUAUAACAUAGUAUACAAUACAAUGGAAUGGCUAUACAUGUUCCAAAGCUAACAGCAUUUUCUGUCACUUAAGAUUUAUGAGGGUAUCCUUACAGACAAAAGUAAAGCUUUUCACAGCGAAGAACCAUAAAACCCUGGCUAACAGUUAAGUCAACUGAGUAACCCUUUCAAUGCUGGCUAGAUCCUCCUAGGCAUAUAAUAUCCUAUUUUCCUGUGAUUUUCAAUUAAAAUAACAUUUGAACCAGCUCAUUAGUCAUUUUCUGGAACCAUCCAAUAAGAAUAAUCUACCAGAUUCUAUAAGCAGAAUAUUUAUUUGCCUAAAAAGAUAUCUUAUCUUAAUUUAGAGCAAAUCAGUACACCUGGAUAAAAACAGCGGUAUGCUAACACGUGAUAAUAUCACAUUAAUAUAUAAUUAUUCUUAAUUCCACCUGCAGAAUGGAAUGUUUAUAACUAUAUAUUCUUUAGUUAACUAAGAUUUCUAAUAUGGAAAUCUGACCGUGAUUUAUCCAGUCAUAUAUCAUGCUAUUAGUAAAUUUUAAUUUGAAUUAAUUAAAUAAAACCAGCAUAAUUACCAGUUAUGUAGAUAUUCUCAUCAGAUGAAUAGGUAGUCCCAGAAACUUGAUUGGUUGUAUGGAAGUACGUGAGUGAUAGAAAAAGUAUUAGAGAGUUUAAGCAUUUAUGUGCAAGAGAGUUUAAGGGUAGAGUGUUAGUCCCAGAUAUUGUCCUGGAUUUCUCUGCAUGUCCGAGUUGGAGUCCAAACUUCCAAUUCCUCUCUCUGUCUCUCAACUCCAACCACCCUCUCUCUUCUCUUUACUUUUAAAGGGCCAGACUCUUUGUACGUCAUUAGUUGAUAACCCAAUAGGAAGCCGUAGGUGUGUCCAAUCUAUGGGUCGCAAUUUAGGUAUUUGAUCCAUAGAUGGCAGUCUCGUCUAACGAAACCUUCCUAUCCAGGAAAGAGUUAACUUUUCCUGAUGACUAUUUUGACAUCAUUUGGCUUAUCUAAAAUGACUACCAUAACUUAGAUUUGCUGUCAGUUCAAAGCGUUUGUGCCAGUCUUUGUGGCAACUACGUUGGUCGUAACUUGUAAAAUUGAUAGUUCUAAACUCAAUUUCACACCUUAUUUUACAAUGGUACCUUGUAAAAUUUAGAAAGUAAAAUGAAUUACUUAGUCUUCUCUGUCACUAGUGUUUGUGUUUAGAUAAUACAUUCCUUUAACAUUUAGACAGAGCAUUCCAUCCCCCUUGCUUAAUUGCUUAUCUUGGUUAGUAAAAGUAAGAAGAAACUAUGUCUCUGCUAUCCUGAAAAUAGCAAAAUGGAGUCUGCUUUGUUCUGAGUGACUUGGGCAAUAUACACUUUUAAUUUCUUUUUAGCACAAAAUGUCUGUUGAUAUAAAUAUUCUGACAGUCCAUCAAGUUCCGCCUUCCUCGCAUAUGUUUUUGCUGUUGAUCCAAAAGAAGGCAAAAAACCUAGUCUGUAGCGCUUCCAAUUUUGCAACAAACUAGGAAUACAUUCUUUCUUGACCCCAAAAUAGCAGUCCGAUGUCUCCUUGGAUCAUACAGCGAUUACCCCACUAAUUAGAAAUUAUAUCCAUAUAAUCUAUAUGGACUAACAUCUAUAUGGACUCUGAUAAAACCACCUCUCCAGGCAGAGAAUUCCAUAUCCUUAUUGUUCUUACUGAAAAAAAAAAAACUUUUUCUUUGCAUUAGAUGAAAUCCCCUUUCUUCCAGCCUAAAUGUGUGACCUUGUGUCCUAUGUAUAGCCCUGUUUAUGAAUAGAUUUCCAGAUAAUGGUUUGUACUGGCCCCGAAUAUAUUUCUAUAAUGUUAUCAUAUAUCCUCUGAGGUGCCGUUUUUCCAAACUAAGAGAUUUACAUUUUUAAACCUUUCUUCAUAACUAAAAUGCUCCAUUCCUUUUAUCAAUUUUGUAGCUCAUCUCUGCACUUUUUCUAGUAUGCCAGUAUGUACAAUGAAUUGGUGAAUUAAACAAUACCCUAUAUAGAUUCCUCUCAAAAUGUAGCUGAAAGAGAGAAUUACUAAUAUAAGGUAGGUAGUACAGUUGGAAUACAAUAUAAGGUGCACAUAAUAAAUAAAUAAAUAUAUAUAUAUAUAUAUAUAUAUAUAUAUAUAUAUAUAUAUAUAUAUAUAUAUAUAUAUAUAUAUAUAUAUAUAUAUAUAUAUAUAUUUUAAACUGUACUACCUACCCUAUAUUAGUAAUUCUUUCUUUCAGAUACAUUUGAGAGGAAUCUAUACAGGGUAUUGUUUAAUUCACUAAGUCACUGUACAUAAUCUGUGAGUGUGUUUCACUUUGUGCGCCACACACUAUAUAUACACUUUGUCUUUUGCUUUCAAGGUGAAAUUAAGAGAUUGCAUGCACAUUUGUUUAGCACCAAUCUGUAUCAUUGCACUGAAUUUUUGGAUAUUUGAACCAAAUUUCACUGCGAGAGUAAGAUUUAGGGAUUAUUUAUGGUUUAGAUGUAGUUACAUGGUUGGGGGUAACAUUACAGUGCCUGAGGGUUACAAGGCAUUGAGUUAUGGGUGACAGUCGCCCUACUCUGUUUUGGGGAUUAGACUUUGUUAAACUGCUCAUUAAGCAAUUUGCUUUUUGUAUUGCAAAUGGUUGAAAUCUUUAACUUUCUUGCAGGUGUCAGAAUUGGGAGGGUGGCAUUGGAGGUGUUCCGGGCUUGGAAGCCCAUGGCGGGUACACUUUUUGCGGCCUGUCUGCUUUGGUCAUUUUGAACAGAGUACACCUUUUGGAUCUGAAGAGCAUGCUGGUAAGUGAUGGGAAUAGUUGCUUUUACCAUUGUCAUAGUAUUUAUACCUUGAUAAAUAUUUGGGUUUGUGUUUUUUUUAAAGUGUGUUGGACUACCAAGAAUUAGGGGAAGUAGAGUCCUUCAAUACCCUUAAACAUAUACAUACAGAGUUAUGAAAUAAAGUGAGAAUUAAAAGAUAAUUACAAAUGUAAAGCCAGAAAAGUCAUACCGGAAGCAUAGCUAAUCUAGAGAAUUUUUUAGUUCAGCUAUUGACUUCUCACUUGCAUAACGCUGCCAGAAACUCUCCCUCUACUAUACCCAUCCACAUAUCACUCUAAGUGAAUUAAAAAGUAGACUGUCAAACUAUACAGUGUCACAUCUCAGUAUACCCAUGUCACUGAUCCAGUUUGUCCCAUCUUCAUGUCUCCUUUAUUUUUGCUUCCAACUUGCUUAACUGCAUUCAAUACUUAAAAAAUAAAAAAAUGAUUUUUUAUUUUUUUAAAAAUCCCCCACCCCUCCCCCACUUUUUUGUGUGUUUACAAUCCAUAUGUAAACGUACACAAUGAUGCACAAUGUGAAUCAUUAUAUUAUGGAUAUGUUGAGAGUAUAAAGAGGAUAUUGGUUUCCCAUAAUGCAUGUCUUAUUGCGUUUAUAAAUUCUAUUCUAUUCUUUUUACAUUAUGUAAUAAGAAUGUGUCCCAGGUUGGGGCAUUGCAAAAAAAAAAAGUUGGUCCUCAGGGUAGUGCAGCUCCAUAGUGUAACUUAACAUUCCCAGAGUGGAAUAUGUCCUUUUUCUUAGGGACCCCAGACUGCACAGAUCCAUGAAGUGGGAUUAUAAAAUGAUUGCCUGUUACACACACUCCACUGUCCAAAUAAAAAAUAAACUGUUAAUAUGCAUGUUUUUAUUGGAGUUAUGUCUAGAAAAACAAGAUCUGCAGCUUUUGUACGCUGUUUUAACCCUGUCCAGUGAGACUUCCAAAUGCAGCUCAACGAGAAGUGUGUGCAAGAUAACUUGUCUUCCCCAUUGAGUUUAACAACCAGAUCGGGUGUUUGGCACAUUUUAUAAAAAUCACAUUGUUGCAUACCUAGCUGUCAAUUUCUAUUGAAAUUUGCAGUUUUUUGUAAAAUGAAAAAGAGGGCACACUAUUCACACAUAUAGCACUUUAGCAAGCUAGAGUAAUUUGGAGUGUCCCUUUUAAAUAGGCAGAUCAUGGAAUAGCAUUAAAAGAAUUCACAAACCUUUCUAAUGAUAUGGACAGUUGCACAGCAAAUUAUAAGAUAUUGAGGUUUUCUUAAAGUUGAACAUGUGCCUUUAUUCCAGCUACUAUGUGUUGCCCUGGAGUCUAUCAAGCCUGAUCCUUGAGGGAGUCCUUUUUAAAAUGGAAACCUUGCCAGGUCAACCCAUCGUGGCUGAAAGCAAGGCAAAUUUUUGAAGCGGUGGUACAAGAGGUUCUCUACACCAUCUGAUUUCUACUUCUGCAAGGAACUAUGCUAAAUUUGUGAACAAUGCACAUUAGCCAGUGCAGAACUUAGGUUGCGGGUAGCUAAUGACGCUACAGUGACCUGGCAGGGGGUGGAGUUACACCUCCAGGAUUAGUGUGGUUAAACUCCUGUAUGUGCAGCUCCACCAAAGUGGUCUUGAUGCUCAGAGUAACCUUUUAACCCUACAUAACUAUUUAUGCUUCAACUAGGUGUGUCCCAGCUCAUUAUUGAUCAUUGUAUGCUUUCUCUAUGGUGACACCCAUGUUUCUAUUUCACCUCCUCAUUUGCAGGCGUACGUUGGCUUUGCUUUGUCUUAACUGGAUUGUUUUGUCUUCUGCUAAAUAUUUAAAAGGAACACUAUAAUGUUAGCAAUAAAACCAUGUAUUCUUAACACUAUAGUCCUGGAGUGGCUGGUUAGGCAGCACUGCACUAAUCAGCAUCUCUUCUUAGAAAUGCAUUCAGCACACACUGCAGCACUAGUCUAGGAAGCACCUCACAAGGCCAUCAAUGUAAACACUAUUUCUCUAAAAAAAAAAAAAGGCUGAGCCUUCAGGGACAGGCUAUAGACACCAGAACCACUACGUUAAGCUGUUGUAGUAAUGAUGAUGAUAGUAUCCCUUUUAAAAGAAAACCGCUCCUCAUGAAAAAAAUUGUCAACAAGUUAUAGAAGAUUUUCAACGUUUAUUAAAACGGUGUAAAUGCCAGAGAAGAACCAGUUCAUCUUUAAACCUCUCUUGAUGGGAUGUGAAAGGUGAGGACCCACCACCCUUAUCAAUAUAACUUUUUUUGCUCGCUCUCUCUCUCCCCCCCUCCCGUUCUGUAUAGCGAUGGGUUGCAUUCCGACAAAUGAGGUUUGAAGGUGGAUUCCAAGGCCGCUGCAAUAAGCUUGUUGAUGGCUGUUACUCUUUCUGGCAAGCUGGGUUAAUGCCUCUACUUCAUAGAAGCUUACACUCUGAAGGUAACUAUGUUUACAAAAGAUCUUUUCUAAAAUAUAUUUUACAGCCUUAAACACAGAGACUUACUGGGACCAACUUUUGUUCUUUUUCUCACAGCGGAUCCUGCCCUCAGUCUCACCAACUGGAUGUUUGAUCAGCAAGCAAUGCAAGAAUAUCUUCUCUUGUGCUGUCAGGCCCCAACAGGGGGAUUACUGGAUAAGCCUGGAAAGUAAGUCACUCAAAUUCUAAAGGUUUCUUGUUCUAGUUUCCUAUAUUACCACUGUCCCCCUAACAAAUAGUGUGAGCUACUAGAAAAUAGGGCAGCAGUGUUUGUAAAACUGCUGCACACAGCCUGGAAACAUUUAGCUGUUCUUUGUAUAAAGAGCCAAUCUUUGAGAAGUCAAAGCCCAAAACCAUGGGGACAUGAUUUAAAAGGGAUAUUCUAAGCACCAAAAACACUUCAGCUUAAUGAAGUGGUUUUGGUGUAUAGAUCACACCCUUGCAGUCUCACUAAUCCGUUAUCUGCCUUUUUUUGUUUGUUUAUGGAGCCCUAGUCAUACCUCCUAUGUUUGUACAUCCCUUAUUGCACACAUAUAAGCAUUUAGCUCCUGCUUUUUGAAUUACCUAUUAGAACAUAACGUAUCCUCCUGUGUGAUUAAAGUAAUAGAUGAAUACAGGAACUUCUAACCUAAACACACAAGUCUAUCAUAACUAAUUUCACGGAGGCUGCCACAGCCAGGGUAGGUGUGGCUAGGUCUCCAUUAAAGUGACAACACCAAACUUAGACUGCCAGGGCAUUACCAAAACUGCUUCAUUAAGCUAAAGUUGUUUUUGUGCUUAGAGUAUCCCUUUAAAGGACAACUGAACAGACCUUCACUUCUCAUUUAAAAGCUUAUCAAUUAACUUUUUUUUAAAUCACAAUUUUAAUAAAUGUGACUCUGUGGUUAUCUGACAGACCCGGUCAAUCUAGCUUGUCUGAUGCUGCCUCCACCAUAGUAGAUUUUGACAACAAUCGUGAUGGAUAAUGUGUAUAUUGUCUUAAUAGGGAUCUGAUUAAAUUUCACUGUCAGAGCCAUGCUUCUUACUUGCUCUCUCGGCAUUCUUUUCUCACUUCUAUUUAAUUAUUCCCUUCACUAUCUUUUUGAGCAGCCUUGAAAGGAAGUGACACACAAAUAGAACGAGAGAGCAUAUAAGCAGCAUGGCUCUGAAAGUUUAAACUGCUACAUAGGGUCCAAGAGAGCACUCCUGUACUGAAGGGUUCCCAAUGUGCUGCCUCCUUACAGACUGAAACAACUGUGUGCGCACGGAUCCCUUCCAUAUAUGUAGCAUUUUCAUUUCAGAGUCCUGCUGCCUAAUCUUUCUCGCAUUCUCUCCCUGUGCAACUCAAACUUGUAUAAAUGGGCAGAGGUGAGCCAGUACUAGCAUGGCUGGAAAACUGCUUAAUGAACAGAGAGAACACUCCUAUAUUGAUCUGCUCUCUACCCAGUUUGUUCCUAGGCUCAGUCAGAAGGGAGCAGACUGGAAACAAACAAAUUUAAUGGAUAAUUCAAUUACAGUUUUAAAAUAGAUGAAACUGGAGGAGGAGAAAGAGUAAGCAGAGAUACACACUAACAGGUCUGCCCUGCAGCAAUAAAGUACGUACAGAGCCGUGAUGUCAUUGCACUGUGUGACAUGCAGAAUCAGGCAUUCUAGAUUGACCAGCUGUCAAUUGGAAAACAGCAGAAUCUGACCAGAUAUAGCAGUGUAUCCAGAUAAAGUGAGAUUCAUCCAAAUAAAUGUAAAAUUAAGCUUAAUCAAUAAAGUAAAAAAUUGACAGUUAACAGUAACGUUGCAGUAUUUAAAAAGUUACUCCACAAGCCAGUCCUCACAACCCAGCAACAGUCCAGGUUUGGUCAGUAUCUCCACUGGAGUAAAAAAAAGAAAAUGCAUAAAUCCUGGAUUGUUGGUUGGCCAUGAGGACUGGUUUGGGAACCACUGGGUUACUCUAACCACCAUGACCACUUCAGUGACUUGACGUGUUCAUGGUGGUAGGAGUCAGUAUGUGCAGGGUUGCUGCUUAAAACAUUGUACAUACAGAGGUAGUUGCACUCCCAGCACACAUGACUUGGGCAGCCAGGAUCUCAUGUUCCAGUCAAUUCUGUGCAUAAUAUACAUCUUGUUAGCGCACAAUGCAUGCUGACUGCAAGGGAAAGAUUUCCACGUCUGUCAGAGUGCCUCACUUUCUGUAAGUAUAAAUGUGUGAAUGUUUAAGGAUGUAUUUGUAGAAGAGUCUUAACAGGAUUUCAAUUUUGUUUCCUCUCGCUAUCUUUUAGAUCCCGUGAUUUUUACCAUACCUGCUACUGUCUGAGUGGACUGUCAAUAGCACAGCAUUUUGGUGGCGGUGAUAUCCUACAUGAAAUCAUAACCGGAAUCAAAGAAAAUAGAUUGGUAAGGAAAUAAUUAAGGCCUUAAAUGGGGCACUCUAACUUUAAAACAAGCAUAAUGAAGUGGUGUAUAGAUCAUAUCCCUGCAGACUCGCUGUUCAAUUCUCUGCCAUUUAGCAAUUAAAUCCAUUUAUUUAUGCAGCCUAGCCACACCAUCAUUGGCUGUGACUCGUACAGCCUCUCAACACUUCCGGAAACGUUUUGUUUUUUUAAUCUCCCCUUAAUGCAGUAUUUUUAUUUAGAAUUUCUCAUCUCCUUUUGUAAUCAGCAGCACAACAGGCUCUGUUUUUGUUUUAAUGUUGUAGGAGAUAAGAAUUUCUAUAAACAAAUGCUUAAACCAUCGGAUUUGAAAAUUAAACUCCACACGCAGGCUGUGCGGCUAAGGCUGCAUAAAUAGAAUUAAAAGUGAUGCAACUCCUAAAUGGCAGAAAAUUAAGUUGGGCUUUUUAAUGGAAAUGGGUACCUAUGGCAUCUGCCACACAGAACACGUUUUAUUAAAAAGAAACAACCUUAAAUAAUCAAGUAGUUAAAUAGUUUAACACCCCAAAAUUCUCUGCAUUGAGCUGACAAGUCAGGCUAAAAAGUUUCUCCACUUCUAUAGAAGGGGGACAUGGGAGUAUUCCUAGCACCGUAAACACAACUUACUGUAGCUCUAAAACUAGUUCCGAGGGAACAACAACCCCUUGAGCCAUCAUCCCAAUAAAAGAUAACAAAAUUAUUAGUGUCCCUUUUAAAAAAAAUAAAAUGAUAUGCAACCUAAGUACAAUAACUACUACAGCACAUUGUAGUGGUUAUGGAGAAGAUUCUCUAGGGUCAGCAGCAGGUAGGGUGGUUAGAGUGCACUGUCCCAAGAUCGAUAGUUCCUGCAAAAGGGGGAGAUGUUAUAAGUGAACUUUAAACUGCAGAUUUACUAAAGCUCAAAGUGGGUACUAUGGCCCUUGACUUUCUGUUGGACAUGAUUAGCUCACAUUGUGCUUAUAGUCUUUGUUACUGUAAUGGUUAAAGAUCCAGUAUCAAAUUAGUGUUUCACUCGUACAUAUUUAAAGCAGAAUAUUUAGGUUUACUGAAAUUCUCUUUACUUUUAACAGAAUCACACUCACCCUGUGUAUAACGUUAGCCCGGAUAAAGUUGCUGGAGCCAUAAUGCACUUCAGACAGAAGGAAGUUCCACAAACCUCCAGGAAAAACUAGCACGAUCUAAAGGAGAGACCACCCCUCCCCCACAGGCCUACAUAUUAUUACAUGGAAAGCCAUGAUCAGAUUCCGAAUGUGCUGAAUAGCAUUAACUUUGUACUUUAGGUUCUGCUGACCAACUAAAUACGUAUCACCACUCCAAUGCUAAUUUAAUACAAGGUAACUAAUUUCUGUCACAUGUCCGUAAUGAGUAGUGUGACUUGCAAAGAAAAAGGGCUAUGGACUGGAUCAAUGUGUAUAGGAAUAUGUAUUGAUCCUCCUCAACUUGUAGUUUUACCAUCAGUCUCAAACGCUAACUAAAUACUACUUGCCUAUAUUUGUAACUUAUUUAUGUUCUGUUCAAAGCGGCUGAAUGCUAUCGCUAUUGGACAAAUGCUACAUGUAGAUAUUCCAGUGGGCAAUGUACAGCUACAAGAUAUGUUCUUAAAAAGUAAUUCUAUCCCAAUCUGCUGUGAGUGAUGUAUGGCUUCUAUAAAACUACCUGCCUAACAGAAAACCCCAGUAUUAAUUUAACACAGUCUGGGUAGGGGAGUUUAAUGUUCCUUAACAUAAUGGCAUAUUUAAGCUUGCUUUUAUAUGUAUACUAUGUAUUAAACAGUAUUUUAAAGGCACGGUGUUUGCUCACACGGUUAGAGGCUACUGUGUAGCUUUAAAAAGAACUAACUUACAUUGGAAUUUAACGAGCGAUUGCGAAAUGCGGAAAUGAAAUUGGCAUUCAGUAAACUACAGAUUCUGCUAACAUGUUGAAUAAAGUAGUAUUGCAUAGCAGUUUGUUGGAGAUGUGUACAUCUAACUGGGGGUUGGGGAUAGAUAAUUACUAAAUUCUUAUACCCCUAACUUGUAUUUAAUAAAAGGAUUUCUUUUUCUACAAUACUGUAUGGGUGAGGUUUAUCAUUUCAUUCACACAGCUGUAUUUAAAAAAAUUAAAAAUAAAACACUGGCAAAAUUGAAUACUUAAGAAAAAUAUUUAUUCAUACGGAGUCUAAAAAUUGGCAAUUUAUUAAACAUCAAUAUCGGGUUUAACACUUAAAAUUCAUUGAUUGCUUAGGAUAACCAGCUUGAUCCUUUUUGCCAAGAGAAAUGUAUUCCCCCCCCACCCGUACCCUUUUCAGGAAUGUAUAAUAAAAAGGAAUAAAAAAAAAAAUAGAAUAUCUUCUUUGUAAAGAGGAACCAAGCUGCAGUUUUUGAUUGUAAAACAUUUUCAAAAUGUAUGCUCACAGUCUCAGAAUAAAAAAAAAAGUAACCUAAAACUUACAGUACUUUAGUCUCAAGAGAUGAAAAUGUCCUGAAUUUUUAAACUCAAUGUUUUUCUUCAAAUGAACAAAAACUUGCCGUUUCCCACUCCUUGGAUGUUGACUAAACGAGAAUCUUGUAGUAAUCGUCUCUGUAACUGUACAACACCAGCACUGGCACUCUGUAAAGACGUGUAGAUUAAUUAGUG